AUGGAGUUUCAACCAAAUGAUUACUCUAAUUCAACAACAACAACAACAGAUGAACUACUGGCUCUCGAACAAGUGUUCUUCCAUCCAGAAGAUUUCACUGAUGCAUUUAAUGAUUUACCUAUUGGCAUAAAUCAGGUGACAAUAGAAGAUCAGUCCAGCACUAACAUGGAAAAUUUAGAAGUUUCACUUCCAAAUCAAAAUACCAAUGUAGAGAUCGAACGUGGAAUAUCCGAUAUGCAAGAUAAUCAAGAUGAUUUCGGCAGUUCUUCCUAUCCGCACAUAAAUAGAUCUGAAGAGGCAGCGAUAGCAAAUAAUCAAUACGAUUCACAAAAUGCAAUCAAUGCAUCAUCGAGUAUAAUAAAUAGCAUUCAAAACGUUGUCGAUGCAAUAUAUCAUGAGCAAAAUCCAGCCAUACGAAUAACUACGCAGCCGGCUGCAAAACAACGUUUUCGUUAUCGCAGGGAAGGUACUCGUUACCAAGCAGGUUCUCGUAGCAAUCCAACGUGCAUUGAGCUUCCGAUAUUAUACGGAUGCUUACAAACACCUGACCAGUCGUUGUGGCUAGAAGCGACACUGGUUACUACGACCCGAAAUCCACAAAGGAAGAGAUUUGUUCAUGAACAUGAAAUGAGUUGUACGGAAGAAAACGUUGAACAAAUUGGUUUGCAUUCUUUCCGAAUUCGAUUGACAAAUGAAGAAGUUUGCCGUCGCAGAAAAACAAUUCGCCAUGUAUCGAUAACGAAAACUAAACAACGUAAUUAUUCGUUUUUGUUGACCCCAUAUGAUCCUUCUAUGGAAGAUAACAAUGUUGAACAUUAUACUCUUCCAAAUGAAGAUCGCCUGACAAAAGUUCAAAAGUCGAAACGGUUUGACCGAGCUUAUCACACGAAUGAGUAUCAAAUUCUUUUUCAAUUAAUGAUACGUCAAAAUGACCGGUGGUACAUGACUCCAAUUUAUUGUGAAACGCAUGUAGUUCGAAAUGCUUGA